AUGGUAGCCAAUAACUACCUAAAUGAUGGACUUCAGAACACAGAGGUUGUUGAACUCAUAGUUUUAGGAUUCACAGGAAAAAUGUUAGUUUGGUGGAAUAACUGUCUAACAGAAGAGUCUAAAGAAGACAUCAAACAUGCUGUCCAAAAAGAUGAGGAAGAGAACCCCAUCUUUGACGAACGCAUAGGAAGAGGUGUUCCCGACGGAGUCAAUACCCUGAUCUAUACAAUCAUGAAACACUUCGUAGGUAAACCUAGCAACAUCACAUCUAGGAUUUACAACCAGUUGAGUAACCUUAGAUGUAAGAACCUUGGAGAAUACCGGUGGUACGAAGACGUGUUCACCACCCGUGUCAUGCACAGAAGUGAUUGUAACUCUCCAUUUUGGAAGGAGAAGUUCAUCAAUGACUUACCCACUUUGUUUGGGCAAAAGGUCAAAGAAACCCUUGCCAGCCCCUUAGGUGUCAUAGAUUAUGAUAACCUAACCUAUGGAGACAUUUCUAGCACAAUCCAAAAUGAAGGAAUGAAGAUGUGUAGAGAUCUCAAAAUCCAGAGUCAAGCCAACAAGAGCAAAGCCAAGUACGAAAUAGGAAAUUUUUGUACCCAAUAUGGCUUACCUUCUGUCAUCCCCAAGAGAAAACACAAACACAGAGGAGAAGAGCCCUCUGAAAAACCCCAUAGAAAAAAAACAGCCUCUAAGUACUAUAGAAAACAAAAGUUCAAAACUGAUGAUUUUUAUAAGAAAGGAAAAUCCAACUCCAUAGGAAAAUUCAUACCUAAAACAUCAGGGAAAUGUUUUACGUGUGGUAAGAAAGGUCAUUUCCAAAAAGAGUGUAAAGCUAAGGCCAAAUCCCUUAUCAAUACUCUCAUCAGUGACCAAACCAGUAAGGAUGAAAUCUUUAAACUCUUAGAACUUGACCAUUCAGAAAGUGAGUCCAAUACUCGAGAGAAACACCAGCUGUAUAGGUCAUCCUCUGAAACCUCUAGAGUAUCUUCUAGCUCCUCUAGCAGCACAGAUGAAAUCCUAGCUUGUCAAGAUAGUUGUUGUAGAAACAAGACUAUCACUGUCCUUUCUAAGCAAGAAGAGUUGCUCUUAGAUCUCAUAGAACAAAUCGAAGAUCCAGUCACCAAAGCUCAAAGACUUAGUGAGUUCCACAAAACCCUAGUUAAGGAAGCCAGUACCUCCAAACUUAGGAUUUAG